AUGGGCAUCGACAGACCCACAGGAGCCAAUACACUGCAACUCCAGGGGGGAAGUGGAGCUGCCGAUGAGCGCCCGCUGCUCUCAGCUACGCGCGCCUACGGGCGCAGCUCGAGUUCACGAGGCACUGUGGCCUUUCCGGCAGCAUCAGCAGCAGCAGGAACACGAGCAGCAGCAGCAGCAACAGUGGCAGCAGCAGGGGGUUCUUUGCAUGCAACAAAGUCGGCUAGGGGGAUCCCUGAUGGUUCCUCCUUUACUGAGACGGUGCAGCAGCUGGUAGACGGUCUGCAGCACCUAUCAGACCCGUUCCGUCUGCAGCAGCAGAUGAAGCUGCAGCGGCACCAGGAAGAUGCUGGGGGGAGGCCCAGGGGCUAUCCUUACACCGCAGCAACAGCAGCGGCGGCGGCAGACAGCAGCAGAGGUCGAUCGAAGGGGAGGCAGGUCUACACGAGCUACAGCAACAGCAGCUACUGUAGCAGCAGCAGAGACAUGACAACUGCAAGUGUUGACCGCAAGCAGCAGCGGCAGCUGCAGCUGUUGCUGCAACUGCUGCCGACUGAGGGGCAGCAGCUGCUGCAUGACGUCCUUGCUGCAGAGCAGCAGCAGCAACACUGUCUGCUGCUGCUGCUGCGCAAGGCGAUGGAGGAUGAACGGAGAACAGCAGCAGGAGCUGCAGCAAGAAAAGAGUUUAUUGCUGCAGCAGCAGCAGUCGACCAUCUGCUGCAAACAGGCCAGGCACCUCCCCCCCCGGCAGCAGCAGCAGCAGCAACAGCAACAGCAGUAACGUCUGCAGCAGCCGCAUCAGAAGCAGCUGGGGAGAUGACGAUCAAGCAACCGCUGCCUCCUCCACCUGAUGAUCCUUCUUCAUCAUCAUCAGCAGCAGCAGCAGCUGCUGCUGCUGCUGCUUCUACCCCCAGUAAUUGUAGCGGGCAUCUGCGGGUGGGCCGAGACCCCUCGGGGGUCCUGACCGCACUGCGCAGCAGCCAGAGAAAAGAGGAAGGGAUCUACAAGCUGCAGCCCCGCAGCAGCAGCAGCAGCAGUCCUACAGGAAGGGGCUGGAGGACCGAGCAGAGGGCACAGCAGCAGCGGCUGCAUACUGCAGCAGAAACCCUCAGGGCCCAGACGCUGCAGCAGCAGUUUGUAUUGCAGGAGGAGCUGCUGAUGCGGAAGCAGCUCGAGACCCGCCUCCACGCCCUCCUGACGCAGCUGCCCCCCAAGCAGCAACAGCAGCAGCAGCAGCAGCAGCAGCAGCAGCAGCUUGGGGACGCUGCUGCCUUGAGACGUCCCUCUCUCGAUGCAGCAGACUCCUCUCCACGGGACUCUGGGCCUUCGCAUUUUCCUCUUCUGGCCUCCACAAUCGCUCAGCAGCGCCUGAGCAGCAGCAGCAGCAGCAGCAGCAACAGGGAAGCAAGUCAGCAGCAGCAGCACGCGCAGCAGCAGAUGCCUGCAGAGAGUGCACAGUCAGAAGACUCUGUAGUUAUAGAGGCAUUGAGAGAAGCUGAAGAGCUGAUGCAGCGGGAGCAGCAGCAAACUGCUGCCUUCAGGCAUGCGGUGGAUUCGCCUAUAGGAUACUUGAAUAGCCCAGCAGCAGCAGCAGCAGCAGCAGUAGCAACAGCAGCAACAACAGGAACAACCACACCGCGUGCUGCAGCACACUCCCGCUCCCCUACAACAACGGACAGACAGCAGCUGCUGCUGGAGACAAACGCAGAAGUGCAGCAGCAGCAGCACGAGAUGAGGUGGCAGCUGCAGCAAGCUGCUGUGCAGCAGCAGCAGGAAAUUUUCCAGUCACAGCAGCAGCCUAUGGCGCUGCCAUCGCCCCCCAUGCAGCAGCAGCUGCAGCAACAAGAGCAGCAACAGCAGCAGCCUAUGCAGCAGCAGUUGUUCACACUGCUGCAGCAAAUGCUACUGCAGCAGCAAACCAUUCAGCAGCAGACCAUUCUACAGAAAAAUCAGAUAUACUCCUUGCAGCAGCAGCAGCAGCAGCACUUAGACAAGGAGCAGCAGACUGACAAACUUGAGGGUCUGUCUCGGCUACCUUCUCUGCUCGAGUUCAGCAGACAACAGGAACGCAUCCGAGCAGCAGCAGCAGCAGCAGCAGCACCGUCUCCGCAGGGCCAGCUGCAAGGAGAACAACUGCAGCUGAUUGAGCAGCAGCAGCAGCAAGAAUUAUGCUGGGCAGCAGAACAGCUUGAAUACCGAAGCACCGGGCUGCAAGAGCUGCCGCAGCCGCAGCAGCAGCCACAACUGCAAUUGCAGCCGCACGAGCAGCAGCAGCAGCGGGAACAGCAAUACCAACAACACCAGCUGCAAGAGCAGCACCAGCAACAGCAGCAGCAGCUGCACGAGCAGCACCACCAACAACAGCAGCAGCAGCAGCAGAAGCACAUUGACAACAAGCCUGCUCAACAGAAGGAAACAGGAGAACUGCGACCCCUACAAGUGACGAACGGGCAACAGCAGCAAGCACAGGGGGUCUACAGGGUGCAGCAGCAGCAGCAGCAGCAGCCGCAACAGCCGCAACAGCAGCGGCUGCAGCAGCAGCUGCAGCAGCAGCUUCGGUUGCUGCAGCAAGAGCAGCGUCGGGGGAAGCAGCUCGAGCAGCAGCUGCCGCCCCUGCAGAAACGGCUGCAGGGGGAGAUAGGAAGGCAACAGGGCACCAUGCAUCGAGGGGAAGAGCAGCAGCUGCAGCAACAAGUGCUGCAGCAGAAUCAGCUAAUGGAUAAGCAGGAACAACAACUGCAGCAGCAGCCGCAGAAACAAAUGCAGCAGCAGCGGCAGGAACAAACACAGCAGCAGCAGCAGCGGACACAAAAAGGGCAGCAGCAGCAGCUGCAACAGGUUAUCAUCACGCAGCUGCAGCAGCAGCAACAGCUGCGUCAGAACAUUCACUGUCUGAUGCAGACAGAAACGCAGCAACUUAUGCUAGAGGCCUCACAGCAGCAACAGCAGCAAUUGCUGCAGCCGCAGCCGCAGCGGCAACAGCCGCAGCAGAAACAGCAGCAGCAGCAACACCAACAGCAGCAACAGCAGCAACAGCAACAACAGCAGCAACAACAAAGGCAACUGCGACAACAGCAACAACAAUACCAAGAACAGCAAGGGCGGCAGCAGCCGCAACAGCAUCAGGAACAGCAGCAGCAGCAGAAGCAGCAACGGCACCAGCUGCUGCAGCAGGAGCAGCAGUGGCAGCAGCAAGAGGAGCAGGAGCAGCAGCUCCAUCUCAGAAGGCCGCAGCCUCAACGCAGUCCCUCAGCACGCAGAACGAAGCGCAAACGCUUCACCGAGGCGCCACAGCAGCUGCAGCACCAGCAGCAGCAUCACAGCAGCGGCAGCAGCAACAGAGCAAGAAGCGUUAUGGUUACCCUAAAACACAAAGCAGCAGAAUCACCAACUGCAGCAGCAACCCCCAAGGGGCCCCCCACCACAUCCAGCAAGCAGCAGGGCCCCCCUUCUCCAGGGCCCCCCAGCUUCGGCCCAGGUGGGACCUAUUCCCCUCAGAGCAGGAGCUAUAGGCAGCAGCAGCAGCAGGAGCAGCCGCAGCAGCAACAGCCGCAGCUAUAUCACCCACAACGGAAACAAUCACAACCACGGCAGCAGCAGCCACAACCACAGCCGCAGCAGCGACCGCAGGAGCUGCCACAACCGCAGCUGCAGCAACAGCCCCAGCAGCAGGAGCAGCCCCAGCAGCAGGCCCAGCAGCAGCCCCAGCAGCAGCAGCAGCAGCAGCAGGACGGACUGGAUAUAUAUCAUUCCCCCCCUCUGAGCCCUGUCUCCCCUCGGGGGUCCCCCCACAGCAUCCGUUUAAUUCGAGGGCGGCUGAGCCCACCCCACUGCGGGUCCCCCGCCCCUCAGCAGGAAAUAAAGAAAAAGACAUUUCAGCCAAAGAUGAGGUCCCUUACUGCCUUCGUACCAUAUGAAGGCAGCCUGCAGCAGCAGCAACAGCUGCAGCAGCAAAAGCAACAGCUGUUGCAGCAGCAGCACCAGCUGCCGCUGAUGGAUGAUGAACUGCAGGCGGAAGGGCAGAUGAGCAGGGGCAGCGAGAGAAGCAGCAGCAGCAGCAAAGCCCUCCUCAGUGGGGCCCAGAGCCAGCAGCAGCAGCAGCAGCAGCAGCAGCAGGUCCAGGGAUCCCCUACUGCAGUGUAUAGGGGUUUCUUUACUGCGAGCAGACGGAGGUGGGGGAGCCAGGGGCAACAAAGGUGGAGCCCGACAGUGAAAAACACCACACGUACAAUACAAUAUGCAGCAGCAGCAAUCGAAAAUGCAGCAGCCACUGACGCUCCCGCAGCAGCAGCUCCUGUUGCUGCAGCAGCAGCUCCUGUUGCCGCUGCAGUAGCAGACACUGCCACAGUUGCAAAGGCUGCGGGUAAGCAAGGCGCAGGACUAAGGCCUGAAGCGACAGCAGCGCCAGCAGCAGCACCUGCAGCAGCAGCUCCAACCGCUGCAGCAGUGGCUCCAAUAGCAGCAACAGCAAUUUCAGCAGCAGCAGCAGAAACAGUAGUUCCAGCAGCGAGACCAUCAGCUCCACCCGCAAGAGCAUCGCGAGCAGCUUCAGCAGCAGCAGCUGCAGCAGCAGCAGCAGAGACCGCCACCGCCGCCGCCGAAGCAGCAGCAGCAAACGCAAAUAUACUGGAGAGACCAAAAACAAGCCUAGGCAGAGCAGCGCAACGGAGUUACAGCACAUACACCUCAACGCCUCGCAGCGUGUCGGGGCCUCCGCCUAUUAGAAACCGCGCCCAGACGGUGCUGCCGCCGGCUGCAGCAGCAGGGGCAGCACCGGGAGUAGCAGCAGGAGCAGCAGCAAAAGUAGCAGCAGCAAACGCAACAACAGCAAAAGCAGCAGCAGGAAAAGGCGCAACAACAGCUGCAGCAGACGUCGAAGCUGGCAGCAGCAGCAGCAGCACCAGCAGGAAGAGCAACAGCCAAAUCAGAGAAAGUGAAGACAGCAGCAGGCCCUCUGCUCCUGCUGCUGCUUCGGUCGCCCCCAGACCCCACGGAAUUCUGCGCGGGAGAGCCUACACUGCAGUCUCUGCUGCUGGGCCGCAAAAGAGCAGCAGCAGCAGCAGCAGCAACGGCAGGCAGCAGCGGCUGUUCACUCAGCAGCUGCAGCGCUGCCCCAGGGGACUUUCUGCGGGAGCAGCAGCCAAUAGAGGGGGCAGCAAAGGCAAGGCUGUUCGCAUUAUCAGCAGAAGCAGCAGCAACUGCAGCAGCAGCAGCAACAGCAGCAGCAGCAGCAACAGCAGCAUUAUUAGAAACCGAAAGCCAACCCCAUACCCCCUGGCUAAGUUGACGUCUGGCCCCCAGCCUGUGGCACAGCGGAAUCCUCAGGGGCUCCCCAAAGGCCGUAGCUGCACAGUUGUUGCUGCUGCUCCUCGCAGCAAGAGCUGCAGCAACUGCAGCAGCAGCAGCAGCAGAACAGGUGGACGACUGGCGGCCAAUGGCGACGCCACGCCCCAAGUCAGAAGAGCCACAAGCGCUGCUGCUAGAAGGACGGUUAGCAGCAGCAGAGUCAGCAGCAGCAGCAGCAGCGGCUACUGCUACAACUGUGGCAGCAGCACCCACGCCAACAGGGCUGCUGCACAGAGCCGACAAGGCUACACGAAGGCUCAAGCUGUAGAACCACCAACAACAGAAGCGGCUGCAGCAGCAGCAGAAUAUGAAGCAGCAGCAGCAGCAGAGGCAGAAGAAGCAGAAGACGCAGAAGCAACAGAAUUUGUGGAAGCAGCAUCAGAAAUAGCAGCAGAAGCAACAGAACCAGAAGCAGCAGCAGAAGCAGCAGCAGCAAAUGAUGCAGAAGACGAGGAGGAAUCGGCCCCACCAACGUCACCUCAACCAACGGCCACAUCAGCAGCGUUUGCAGAGGCAGAAGCAGCAGAAGCGGCAGCAGCAGAAGCAGCUGCAGCAGCGGCAGGAGCAGCAGGGCGAGAAGCAGCAAUAGCAGAACGUGCAGCAGCAGCACCAGCGACAGAAAUAGCAGCAGCAGAAAGCGAAGCAGCAACUGGAGGAGCAGCAGCAGCAACAGCUGCAGCAGAUGGAGCGCCCAGCGGCUGCUGA